GGUAUCAGUCAGUGUGUAGAAUCUCGCGAGCUGGUGAGCUGCUGCUGCUGCUGCGCGCGCCUUCGCGCUCGUUUCGCGUCUGUAUACAACACGAACGCUGUAUAGUAGUGGUAAUAGUAGUAGUGGUGUAUACGUUACGCUCCGUGUGAUUUGCGCGUUUCGCCGGCGAGGCAUUUUUCUCUCUCUCUCUUUGCGAAAAGGAGUUUCACUGUAAGGUGUACAAACACAUACGGCAGUGCUGCUCUGCGCAGGAUGUCGCGCGUAAGAUUACGACGUGACGACGGAUGAGCCAUAGUGGCUCGUGUGACUAGAUUUUGUAAUUGGCCUUGUUAACGCUGCGAAGCGACUUUUCCGAUUGACUCUUGGAAAAUUAGUGUAGCGAAAGAACAGAAAUUUUGGGGCCACAGUGUCAACAAGUUUUUCGCAUGUAUGAGUCUCGAAACUCGGCUCAGGCGUAGUGUACGUGCGUCGACGCUCGGGGAAAGCAGAAGCAGAAGCAACAGCAGCAUCGGCAAAAAUGAGCAUCGGACUGCCAGCAACUUUCGUCGGAUGGAGCCUUAUACCGCUUCUCGGCGUUGGCUUCACCAUGUUACGCUAUAAUAGCGUUGAUCCUGAGAAUCACCCGACGAACCAGCAACAGUUGCUGUCAACGUACGACUUUAUCGUGGUCGGGGGUGGAUCAGCAGGAGCAGUGCUCGCCUCGCGCCUCUCCGAGAUCCCCGACUGGAAGAUCUUGCUGAUAGAGGCCGGAGGCGACGAGAACGAGGUGUCGGACGUGCCGUCCCUGACGGGCUACAUGCAGCUGUCCGAGUUCGACUGGCAAUACAAGACGGCGCCGCCGACGAAUUCGGCCUAUUGUCUGGCUAUGCUCGGCGACCGAUGCAACUGGCCCCGCGGCAAGGUACUCGGUGGCUCGAGCGUGCUCAACGCCAUGAUAUACGUCAGAGGUAACAGGCGAGACUACGACAAUUGGGCUGAUUUGGGCAAUCCAGGCUGGAGCUACGAGGAUAUAUUGCCAUACUUUCUCAAAUCGGAGGACAAUCGUAAUCCCUAUUUGGCUCGCACGGCUUAUCACGCGACCGGCGGCUAUCUGACAGUGCAAGAAACUCCAUGGCGCACGCCUCUAUCGAUUGCCUUUCUACAAGCAGGUGCCGAGCUCGGCUACACGAACCAGGACAUUAACGGGGCUAAUCAAACUGGUUUCAUGAUAACGCAGGCCACCAUACGACGCGGCAGUCGCUGCUCCACGGCCAAAGCCUUCUUGCGGCCGGUUCGCAAUCGGCCUAAUCUGCAUAUAGCCAUGAACGCGCAGGCGCUGCGCGUCACUUUCAACGAGAACAAGAGAGCCACGGGAGUGGAAUUUCUGCGCGACAAUCGCAAGCAGCACGUGCGAGUUCGCCGCGAGGUGAUCAUGUCCGCGGGCGCCAUCGGAUCCCCUCAACUGCUCAUGCUGUCGGGCAUUGGGCCCCGAGAGCAUCUCCAGGAAUUCGGCAUCGACGUGCUCGCGGAUCUGCCCGUGGGUGAGCAUCUGCAGGAUCACGUGGGCCUGGGUGGACUGACGUUCCUCGUCAACGAGCCCAUUACUUUCAAGAAGGAUCGCUUCCAGACGCCCUCCGUCAUGCUCGAGUACGUGCUAAACGAGCGCGGCCCUAUGACGACUCAAGGCGUCGAAGGUGUAGCUUUCGUCAAUUCUCGCUACGCCGAUCCUAGCGGCGACUUUCCCGAUGUGCAGUUUCAUUUCGCGCCCAGCUCCAUCAGCUCCGACGGCGGCGAUCAAAUACGAAAAAUCACUGGCCUCCGCGACAGCGUCUACAAUACCAUGUACAAGCCCAUACAGAAGGCCGAGGCUUGGUCGAUACUGCCUCUUCUGCUGCGACCAAAGAGUUCAGGUUGGAUCAAGCUCAAGAGCCGAAAUCCUUUGGUCUACCCCGAGAUAGUGCCAAACUAUUUCACCCACAAAGAAGAUAUGGACAUCUUGGUCGAUGCGAUACGCAUCGCUAUGCAAGUAUCGAACUCGUCGGCUUUCCAGAGGUUCGGCUCGAGGCCGCUGACCAUCAAAAUGCCCGGAUGUCAAAAGCACCCGUUCGACACUUACGAGUACUGGGAGUGCGCCAUCAGGCACUUCACGUUUACCAUUUAUCAUCCGACCGGGACUUGCAAGAUGGGCCCGAGAACGGAUCCGGGUGCCGUCGUCGACGCGAGACUGCGAGUUUACGGCGUCAAGGGCCUGAGAGUCAUAGACGCCUCGAUUAUGCCCGAAAUAGUCAGUGGAAAUCCUAAUGCGCCCGUCAUAAUGAUAGCCGAAAAAGCUAGUGAUAUGAUCAAGGAAGACUGGAAAAUGCUUCGGCGAGAAGCCAGCAGAUAGCCAAACCGAGUGAUUCUUUGUGGCGUAGCAAUGAACUGAAUGUGAACAAAUUGAUAAACGUGCAUAAAUUGUCCGUCCUGACAAUGUAAAUCAUGUUUAAUACGCUAUUAUUAAAUAUUGUGAGAUGCAGAUAUUAAUUUAAUUUUGGUAAAUUAAUACUGAAGAAUACAAGUAGAUUCUUUAUUUUUAUGUAAACGAUGACUCAACUGAUUACUUUCGUUUCAGUUUUAUAGCUUAAACUUUAUAAUUUGUACAGAUAACGGAAUCAAUUGUUUUAUAUUUUAAUUUUUGAACGAAAAACCAAAAUAACUAUGUAAGCAGAAAAGUCAUUGACUAAUUAAGUCAUGAAGUUUUUUGUAUUAUUGUCAAUUAUAUUACUGAUACUUGAAGGGUAAAAUUUACGUGAAUAAAUACAAAAAAAAACAUUUUUCAUAGGCAUAACUAAUAUGAAAGGAUUUCAAGCGUUAAGCAUAGUGAGCAUUACUGUAUUAACAAGAUUGCCAUAAAUACUCGCAUGUACAAAUACUAAGAGAAAGUCGAAAAAAAAAUGAAAUUCUAUGUCAUUUGCAUAGUAAAUUCGAACUUAGUUUUUACGAUCAUGCAUAAAAGUUUAGCAAAAUGAAAGAAUAAUUUAAGAUGUCUCAGUAUAUUAUAAUAGAUUUUGUUUUUCACUAUUGUUUGUUAAAGAUGUAAAUUGUAUGAAGCAGCUUGUAUAGAUUUUUUAUUUUAUAAAAUAAAGUUUGUAAAUAUG